AGACGUGCUGCGUGCGGCAGCGCUACCGUAAGAGACGUCAGCUACAAUCAUACGGAAGUUACUCACUGCGGGUCAAUUAUUUUGUUACAAUGUAAAUAUUAAUGCUCUCACAUGCGUGUCUAUUAAUCAGUAACAAUGUUAAUAUUAAUGUUCUCCCGGUGGGUCUAUUCCUUUUGUACAAUGCUAAUAUUCAAGUGUUAUCGAAGCGAAAGAGGAGUUGACGUUUGACGCCUAACCCUUUCAAGCUAUUGCUGUGAAAGACCACCAGGUGAGAGAGACCACCAAGUGAGAGUGACCACCAGGGGGCGAGAGACCACCAGGUGAGAUAGACCAUCAGAAACCAAAGAAAAGGUGGAGCCUGUGACCUCCGGCCUGUGACCUCCGGCCUGUGACCUCCGGCCAGUGUCGAGGGGCAGGUGUGAUGGAGUGCCUCCGCCGGGUGAGGAGGCGAUGGCCCAAGGACCUGCUCCUGCGCGUGCGUUCCCGGCCCGCGGGCCAGGCCUUGCUCCUGUGCGUGCUGACCUUCGGCGUGCUGCUGCCGCUGCUGUGCCAGCGGAUGCUCUACUCCUACUACUUCCUCAGACCCUGGUACCUGGAGCCCCGCAGCGAGGCGGCCCUCCAGGAAAGCUACCGCCGCGGUCAGGGAGCUCUGAGCUUCUGGCAGAAAGACACGGGGGCCCGCGCCGUCCAGACCCAGCUUGAGCCUCACCUGCUGGUUACCGUGGUGACAGCCAGGCGUACAGAGGCGCGGGACUACCACUACCUCCUGCAGGUGAUGCAGCAGCUGGCGGGCCUUCUGGCCUCCUGCAGUGGGGAGCGUUGUGCCCAGGUUCUGCUGUGCGACGUGGAAAGCGAUCCCAAGGCGAACGAGGACUUGGCCUUACUGGAGGGAAGGUUCCAGACGGUGAGGAGGUCUGCCGAGGAGAGGAGGAGGAUGAGCGAGGAGGCCGUGAACACAUUUGAGAAGGAGAAGAGGGACUAUGUGUUCUGUCUCAAGAAGGGAUGGGAGCUGCUCAGGCCUAAGAACGUGGUGGUCCUCGAGGACGAUGCGUGGCCGCGGCCAGACUUCUUCCCUGUGAUCCAGGACCUGUUGUCCCGGAGCUUCUCCAGCGGCACCCUCUACAUCAAGCUGUACCACCCAGAGAGACUGCAGCGCUACUGGAACCCAGAGCCGUACCGUCUGCUGGAGUGGCUGGGCCUGGGCCUCCUGGCCUCCUCGUUGCUCCUCCUGGUGCUCCCCUACUGCUCCUCCUUCUCCUUCACGCUCAGACACCUGCUGUUCUUCAGCGUGUACACCAUGGCGCUGGCGGAGCUGGUGGGGAGGCACUACCUGCUGGAGCUGCGGCGGGCGUCGCCCCAGCUCUACGCCGUGUCCCCGGCCACAGAGUGCUGCACGCCGGCCAUGCUGUACCCGGGGAACGCCUCGCUGCGAGCCGCCCGCUAUCUGGACGGCUCCUUCUGCGUCAAGGGCCUAGCCAAGGACCUGGUCCUGUUCCGCAUGGCGCGCUCCUUCCCCGGGGAGAGGGCGCACAGCCUGGAGCCCAACCUCGUUGCACACAUCGGGGCCUUCUCCUCGGUGAGGCCCAACCCCCUCAGGCCCAGCCUGCUCUGAGAGGAAGCUUCACUCGAGAUCUACUUGCUGUUGCUCUCGUCUAAAGCUCCAAUCCAUCAUAAAUAUCAAAAUCAAACUCGCUGUGCCUUAAAGCUCAACCAAUCAAACGAUGUGUCUGUCUUCUUAGAAUUUCAAGCUUCCGUCUUGGAAUUUUGUGCGGAAAUUAAUAAUUUUUGGCCUUGUGAAGGGAUGAAUGUAUGUUCUGAGCUGUUUGGGUGAUGUUCCCAUUCUCAGGUCUCUACCAUGGAUGAGCUACUAGUCAUGUCUUUUCUUUAUAUCCAUAUAGCUUGUUUCUCAACCAAUACCAUGUGGCUUUGAAAUGUGAUAUUCUGUCUUUUUCACCAGCACAGAAAACAUAGCUGGAUGGGUUAAUCAUUUGGUCUAAUACCAAGCUUUUUAAUACAGGAACAUAUUUCCAGUUCAAAAUAAGAGUUUUUUUCUGUCUUGAGGAAUAUUAUAUUUGAAUAAAUACAAUUACAAUUAAAAUGUUA